AUGUUAUUUCUGCAGGGCAGUUGUGUUGGUCUGUAUUUCAUAAACCGGCCUGAGUGGCUUAUUGUUGACCAUGCCUGCUCUUCGUAUUCCUUUGUUUCGAUUCCCUUAUAUGACACAUUGGGUCCAGACGUAGUGAAGUACAUUGUGAAUCAUGCCUCCGUGCAAGCGUUAUUUUGCGUGCCUCAGACGUUCAAUAUUCUGCUGAGCUUCUUAUCUGAGCUUCCUUCUGUGCGUUUGAUUGUGGUUGUUGGAGGCUCAGAAGACCAGAUGCCACCGCUUCCAUCCACAACUAGCGUCAAGAUCAUUCCCUAUUCAACACUUCACAGUGAAGGCAGUAGAAGCCUUCAACCUUUCCGAGUACCCACAUCUGAUGAUAUUGCCACCAUAUGUUAUACGAGUGGUACAACUGGAACUCCAAAGGGAGUUGAGAUUACCCAUGGGAACUUUAUCGCUAGUAUUGCUGGUCUAAGCUCAGGAGUCGAGUUUUAUCCGUCUGAUGUGUACGAUAUUACAAAAUUACUGGAGGAUAUGGUCGUCCUAAAGCCCACUAUAUUUUUUAGCGUCCCACGUGUAUACAAUAAAAUACAUGCAGGAAUCAUCAGUGCUGUAAAGACGUCGGGUGCUCCGAGGCAGAGGUUGUUUAAUGUUGCUUAUAAAGCUAAGAAGCAAUCAGUACUUAACGGAAAAAAGCCAUCACCAAUAUGGGACCGGCUUGUUUUCGAUAAGAUAAAACAAAUUCUUGGAGGCCGAGUUCGUUUCAUGGUUUCUGGUGCCUCGCCUCUGUCUUCUGAUAUUUUGGACUUUUUACGUGUAUGCUUUGAUUGCAUAGUUUUGGAAGCAUAUGGGAUGACAGAGUCUUCUUCUGCUAUGUGCAUUAUGGACCAAACAGACAAUUUAUCGGGUCAUGUGGGCGCCCCUAAUGGUGCUUGUGAAAUAAAACUUGAGGAUGUUCCAGAAAUGAACUACACAUCUGAGGAUAAACCGUAUCCACGUGGUGAGAUCUGUGUUAGGGGGCCCAUUGUGUUCCGAGGCUAUUAUAAAGAUGAAGCCCAAACGAGAGAAGCAAUCGAUAAUGAUGGAUGGCUUCACAGUGGAGAUAUAGGACAGUGGUUACCUGGUGGUCGACUGAAGAUAAUUGAUAGGAAAAAGAACAUUUUCAAAUUAUCACAGGGGGAGUACGUAGCUCCUGAGAAGAUAGAAAAUGUAUAUGUUACAAGCAAAUUUGUCGCACAAUGCUUUAUACACGGUGACAGCCUCAAUUCUUGUCUGGUCGCGAUUGUGGCUGUGGACCAUGAGGAGCUAAAAGCAUGGGCUUCAGCUGAAGGCAUCAAGCAUCAAAACUUAGAACAACUGUGUGCUGAUCCACGGGCAAGAGCAGUCGUUUUGUCCGAUAUGAAUGCUGUUGCAAGGGAAGCUCAACUUCGAGGUUUUGAAUAUGCAAAAGCUGUUACCCUCGUGCCCGAGCCAUUCGCGCUGGAAAAUGGAUUGUUGACUCCAACAUUCAAGGCAAAUCAAACGGCCACAAGCAAGAAGUUACUUCGCUACAGCAAUAGCCGAUAUGUACAAUGA